GUGAAAAAGAUCCCUGUGAUCCCCGAACAAGAGAUACUCAUAUUGCAAAAUAUGGAGUUUGGGAGGAAUUAAGUUUUUAUGAACCUCAUGCUGAUAUUUCUUCACCCACUGAUCCUCACAUAGGACCCAGUAGUAUCGAUGAAACAGUUUUCACUGAAGGUCAAGUUUAUGUUGCUAUAAGCCGUGCUACAUUUGUAAAAGCCUUCACUUACUAA